AUGGUGCAGGUGGCCCUCGUGGUGGUGGUGGUGGUGGUGGUGACACGCCCCUCAUCUGGCACCAUUAAUACUGCUGCUACGAGAGUCUUCACCAAGGAAGGGGCCCCGAUAGAGGAGGGGGCGUGGUGCUGGGGGCGCGGCGACCCCCUUGACCUGGCCCCGAACCAGCCGUUGAUCCUGUGCGCCAUGCAAUGCUUCACUCACACAUCCUGCCGCCUCUUCACUCAUGACGAGGGUCAGUGUCAGGGGUUCACGAGCUCCGGGCUAGCGAGGUGCGAGGACCAGGGUGGCGGUGAGGGGACAGAGUACAGGAGGCUGGAAAUGAAGCGAAGUCUUUUGAAGCCCGUGACAGCCUCCUCCAGCGUGACCGAUCAUAAUGUCAUGUUUGAUGUGCUGACACAGGCACCGUACGACUGGCCAUCAUUCAGUUACUGUCCCUGCACGGUGUCUGCGGCGAACGAGUGGGUGACGGUGGACCUUGGGCAGCCUUACGACCUCUCCCUCAUCCAGGUGACGCUUUCUCAAGAAGUUGGGGACGAAGGCAACACGAAUGAUCCCAUGGUGGCGCAGUCUCCCAGUGUUGCCAGAACGGAGAGAGAAGUGGUCAAAUAUUUCGUGACGGCACGGGGGCGGUACGUCACGCUGCAGCAGAGUGAAAUGAGCUAUUUCUGCAUGUGUAACUUUGAAGUCUUCGGAACCGUCUAAACCAUCACAAUAGUCGCCUCCAGACACCCCAGUAGCCCUUCCAGUCAGAGUGCACUUGGUUAGGGAGCUUUUGGUUAGUAGAAAGGUAGGAUAGUAAAGCAGAAGGACUCUCACCAUCAACUUUUGCAUAUAUAACCUUGGAAGUCUUCUAAAGAGUACGAAACAUCACAACAGUCGCCUCCAGACACCCAAGUACCGUUUUCUGUCAAUCUAUCCUUCCCAUUACAGACCCCGUAGCAUUCCCCAGCCCCACACUCAGCCCACCAGACACCCAGUACCCCCAGUCUCUUCUCAGCCCCUCACAGAUGCCCAGUACUUCCUCUGCCCCCUUAUAAUUAGUUUUUCCCCUCCUCUAACCAAGAGAAGGGAAAAGACAAUGAGUAAAGAAUCAGUUACGUACAAGAGGCCUCUAUACACACACCCAGUACCUCCUCAGCUCCCUCCUCUCCCUAUUACAGCUAGUUCCUCCCCUCUUUUGACCAAGCGAAGGGAAAAGACAAUGAGUAAAGCAUUAGUUACGUACAAGAGGCCUCUAUACAGACACCCAGUACCUCCACAGCCACCUCCUCUCCCUCUUACAGCUAGUUCCUCCCAUCUCCCUUGUAAAUUUCAAUAAAGCCUUUUGAAUAGUGGAGGUGAAGCAUAAAAGUGUUUGAGAAUACGAGGUUUUGUUCUUACACCAUGACUGUUUUCAAAGGUCGCGGAUAUAAAAAGCCGGGUUCUCAACAUAAUGGGGGCCGCCGUGGUACAGUGGAACCAUGCGUGCUUUGGGGUCCGAGGGGUCUCCAAGCGCACGGGUUCCAAUCUUGUCCACGGUCCGAGUGUAGGUUGGGCUUCCUCACUCGGGGCAAUGUUUUUUUUCGUGGAGUGGUGCCUUAGUGGUUCUCUGUUUCUUUUUUUUUUCCAAUGGUUUUUUUUUUUUUUUUCUUUUUUUCAUGGAGUUGGUGCCUCA